GCGCAGAAGGGCAACUCGUGGCCAAGUUGGACGGGUCCAGCUGUUGCGCUGCGUUUUCGUUGAGACCUUUUGGUUAAAAGGUUCAGUGAAAGUAACUGAACGGCGUCUAAAAGGCGUUUAUAUUUUAGCUAGCCCUUGUGCACUUGAAGCGCACCGCCAAAAGGACAGCAACAGGAAUGUUCAACUGUUCUGUAGAAUACAGGGACUCUAAAAAGGACAUCACUUUCCCACACACGCCAAGUUUUAACGAACUACGGGAAUGUGUGUGCAAGGCCCACUCUAUUGCAGACAGAAACUCUAUUGAGCUGAGGUUGGCAGUGGACGAUGAAACUGUGCUGCAAAGCGAUGAGGACGUAAACCGCUUACUGAACGGAGACAUAACAGAGGUUUCUUUAGUUGUCAUGGAUCAGGAAGGCGACGAGUCGGGGGAUGAAUUUGUGGUUGUCAGCAAAGAUGUGGUUGAGGAUGCCUGUAUAGUAACCGCAACGGAUGCAGUUGGUUCAGAGCACGACCCUACCGCGCCAGAUAGCGGGGACAAGGCCGUUCUGAGCAACAUUCUCCGUGCUCCGCUGUUGGUCGAUGCUGAUGAAGGCGAAUGCGAGAAAUGCGAGUUGGUGGCAGAGGAGAUACCAGCAGAACCGCAUAUUGGGGAGCGUGGAGCGACGGAAGCGAUAAGGGAUGCACUAUCCAGUAAUGAAGACGAGCACGAGGGCACAUCUGCAAAGCAUAAUCAAUCUGACGAGGCUUCGGCCGGGAUAUCAGGAACCAGCGAGGUCAAGGAAUCAUCUAAUUCUUUUGACAGCUUCCUCUGCGAGGUUCAGCCUUUGAUCGACACUUUGCUAACCAAACUGGAAUCUAACCCUCAACAUCUUUCGCGCCUACAAAUGCACAUGAACUCGACACUGGCAAACCGAAACUGGGGAAUUACUGUUCUUCCAAAUGCAUCGCCGCAAGUACGACCAGGAUCGUCUGCAUCCAAUCGGACAUCGACAUCCGAAAUGCAGACCCAUCCAGUGGUAAAGUGGAAUUCUGUAAUCUGUGAUGGCUGUGAAAGGCGUCACUUUACAGGACCUCGAUACAAAUGCUUAAGCUGUCCGGACUAUGACCUCUGUGGCCGCUGUUUCGAAAACAGACGAGACGUGCACGAUACUGCUCAUGGCUUUGAAGAACUGAAAAAUGUCAAGGAUGUAUGGGUUGGAGUAUCAUGUGAUGGUUGCGGAAGACGUGGGUUUGCGGGAAAGAGGUACAAAUGCUCAGAAUGCCGACACUAUGAUCUCUGCGAAAAUUGCUAUAGUUCUCUCCGCACUUCUACCCUCCACGUCCCGUGGCACACGUUCACAGCUCUUGAUCCCACCUCAUACCCUAGAUCUACGCGCCCGUUGACGACACGGUAUGAUGAGAUAUUCAUCUAAGCUGUGUAGCUAGGGGAGGCCAAAAGCGGGCAUAUUGGGAGAUUGCAUUGCUGUAACCAGUUUAACGGUUGCAUGGUUCCUCAUAUUUUGGUUUUAGCAUCUGUACAGGGGAUGUAGCUAGUUAGCAUCUCAUGUAGGAAUUCUGUGUAUAUUGAUUUCAGUGUAUAUCUGUUGUUUGGUGUCCAUGCUCUGGAUCAAAAAAUAUCACUUAUUGCAUGGUA